GUAACCAAACGCUUUCGCAGUUCUUUAGGCUUUCUCAGGAUUCCUAGCAGAAUCGAGCUUCCAACUGGAAUUCACAGGUUUAAUUUUUUCCAGGGUUUUGUCCUGUUUCAGAUUUCAACAUUACAGCUCUCUGUAGGGUUUUGUCAUGCUUGUGUUCUGUGUUUUCUCUUGUUACUAAUUCGUUUGCUUGGCCUGAAAAAAAAUCAUUUGAUGGUGUUUUUUUCUAGUGUUUUACAGUAACUUAGAAUCUGUAAGAGUUUGACAAAAAAAAUAAAAAACCUGUAAGAUAUGGACAUAUUCAAUGGAUUGCCAGAUGAUGUGCUGGUGAAGAUUUUAUCGUUUGUUCCGACAAAAGUUGCUGUAUCCACUUCCAUUUUGUCUAAGCGUUGGGAGUUUCUUUGGAUGUGGUUGCCUAGACUCGAUUUCGGUUCUCCAAAGACUGAUCUUCUGGCUUUUCUCAACACUUGUCAAUAUGAUAAGGAGGAGGAGGUUGGACUUGUGGAUUUUAUUGACAAGAAGCUGCCACUACACAGAGCUCCGUUUCUCGCCAUGUACGUGUGCUGGAAAUUUCUUAUGAAUGUUGGGAUGAAAACAUAUUUCCAUGUACGUCACCUUGAAACUCGACAACGUGAAGGAAAAUCUCUUCAGGACAUUCUAUCUAUUUGUCCUGUUCUUGAUGAUCUAUCGGUGAUAUGUUCUGUGCAUCAAGAUGUUAAAGAGUUCACUAUUAUCGUCCCAUCUCUGCAGAGUUUAACUCUCUUUAUAGAAAAUUGUGAGGUUUUUGAUGGGUAUGUGAUAGAUACUCCUUUAAAGUAUUUGAAACUUGAAGACGUGCAUGAAGAGGAACACUACUGUUUACUUAAGAAAAUGCCUAAGCUGAGGGAAGCGUAUGUCGAUGUUCAAUUAGAUGAUCUCAAGAGUCUUAUUGGAUCAAUCACAUCUGUCAAGCGUCUUAACCAUAUGUUCAGAGAAAAGUCGAAAAUCCUUGGCCAGUUGCUCAAGGAUUCUCCUAACUUGCGAGUAUUGAAUAUCUUUAAAGUGCAAGGUCAUGUGACUCUUUCUACUGGUGUGGAUUGUUGGAAUCAACCGAUUUCUGUACCCGAAUGCUUGCUGGAGAGUCUACAAAUAUUCAACUUGUCACAUUACUUUGGAAAACAGCAAGAUCUAGAUUUUGUUGUUUACAUCUUGAAGAACGCUUGUCACUUAAAGACGGCAACAAUCCUGGCUGAUGAACCCGAACAUCUUGUUCCAAACCUUAAGGAGCUGACACUUUCUCCCAGAGCUUCAAGCACAUGCCAACUAAGUAUUCGCUGCGGACUUGGAUCAGAAAGGAGUUGACACUCUUCCAGAGCUUCAAGCACAUGCCAACUAAGUAUUCGCUGCAGACUUGGAUCACAUUGAGAGACUUGAAUCAUUAUUAGAUGUUUUCGUUUGUAUACCAAAUAUUUAUUUUCCUUUGAUUCCCGUAUGUUUUUAACAUAGACAAAAACUAUGUACUCAAUGAAUGGCUAGGGCGUGAGUAUUUUUUGUUCAUUGACACUGCUAUGUGCAAUGCAUCUAUAGCUAAAACUAGAGCGAGAGUAGCUUGUUUUGCUUGUU